AUUUGAGAAAAAUCGCAAAACUAUGCAAGUCUUUCUUAUAAUUUGUCUAGUUUUCAUUCCUAUUGUUCAAGCCCAAAUCAAAACCGGUUGCGUCAAAAUCAAACACAUCAGAGACGGAAUCUAUCUCACCUCUCCGGUGGAAAAUGACGCAAAAACACGGCGCGUUUCGAUUAGGCAAGGUGACGGGAAGCAGUGGGAUAUUGCUGCCAUUGGAGCAGGACUCUUCACCAUCAGAAGCAAAGAAUUCAACCAGUUUUUGUACGCCUCGGAUGUCACGUACAGCAGCAACUACCACGUGUACCUGUGGGUUCCCAAGGCUGGACUGACGGCGGAAAAGUGGAAAAUUGAGAGCGGUGGCAGCGGUUUGAUAAUCCGAAAUGAAAAGCGUCCAAGCUGCCUGUUUGUGGGGUCUUCCAGCUGGGUUUACGCAAAAAUGGGUACGACGUGUAAGGGAAAGCAAUUUGAGUGGAGCUUUGAGAGUUGUUAAAGUCGGUAAGGGGUGAAGAUUGUCAAAAACAAUCUUGAUAAUUUAAAAAAAAAACAUGUGUUCCAUAUUCAGUAUAAAACAUGAACAGAAAAGGCAAAUGACACAUUCUCCGGCAAUGUACACCUUAGGAUGAAAUUUUGAAAAGCGUGUAUGAGCUAUUUGGAUAUUUUUCCUCGAUUCUAGACUACUUGAAGCUUCAAAAAUCAUGGUUUUCAUUAAUUGAUCAUUUGAAUAUCAUUUUGUACAAGUUGGUUAGGUUAUGCAUCAAUUCGUGAUAAAAUCAUCGUUUCAAAAAAAAUUUCUAAAAACUCCUGGUUUU